AUGGAUGAGUCUUUGCAGGGUACUGACUCUCAUGCAGGUUCUUCUUCGCUGCACCGGGCCCCAAGUAUGUCUUCUGUUGAGUCUGCCACUGAUCCUAUGAUUACUGAUCCCACGUCCGCUCAUGCAUUCCCGUUGGGUUCUCACCCUAUGCUCACGCAAGCUAAGGCUGGUAUUUUUAAAACUCGUCAUCCGGCAAAUCUGGGUAUUUUGGGUUCCUCUGGACUUCUUUCUGCCCUGCUUGAUAGAUAUGGAUUUGUCGAGUUCAGUUCUCAUGCAGCAGCUGAGAAAGUACUCCAGAGCUACAAUGGUACCAUGAUGCCAAAUGUAGAUCAAACAUAUUGCCUAAACUGGGCAGCCUUUAGCUCGGGUGAUAGGCGGCCUGAUGCUGGCUCUGUUGGCUUUGUUAGCUCUGGCGGCUUUGGUGGCUCUGACUCCGAUUUAUUAAUAUUUGUUGGUGAUUUGGCUUCUGAUGUUACUGAUGUGCUAUUGCAUGAAACUUUUGCUAGUAGAUAUCCAUCGGUCAAAGGUGUAAAAAUGGUUGUUGAUUCAAAUUUUGGCUGCUCAAAAGAAGAAUCUGUUCAGACAAUUCUUCUGUCUCUUUUCAUUGCCUUUGUCAAUUCUUCUGUCUUUUCUCAUUGCCUUCGUGCUACUGGUGUAGCAGCCUUCUCUCGACCUUGUUCAAGAAUCUCUGAUGUCAAGCAUCUGUAG